AUGACGGAUGAUGGGCGGUAUACCUGGUCAGAGUUGAGCGGGAAGGAGAAAGUAGCUCGAGCUACUCAGCAGUCGUUCAAUUUCUUGAUUGUGGUUAUUGGUGUGGUUAUGACUGGCGGUGUCCUAACCCUGCUUUAUACCGAUGUGUUUUCACCGAAUAGCAAGACAUGGCAGUUUGAGAAGGCAGUCAGUCGCAUCAAGGAGGACCCACGAUGUACAGCUCUGCUAGGAGAUAGCAAAAAUAUCAAAGCAUAUGGGGAAACAACUGGGAACAAAUGGACCAGAAACAGGCCAAUUGCCAGAAUAAGUACCACUAUUCAAAAGGACUCCCUUGGUAGGGAACAUAUGUACAUGAAUUUCCAUGUUGAAGGAUCCUUGAACGAGGGCACUGUGCACGUACAUAUGAUUAAACCCGUGGAUGAAUCCAGCUUCCAAUAUCGUCUGCUCGCACUGGAUGUUAGAGGUCACCCACGAAUAGUCCUUGAGCAGACCAGUGAUGUAGCGCUUGGUGGGAAGACAAGUCCGUUGAAGAUCCUUGGUAUCAAUUGGCGAUGA